UUAUUGAGGUCUAUCAACUCAGUCCGAUCCCAUCAUGGCCCACAUCAACACAGUCUGCUUCGUAACUUUACUGUGGGCGCUCGCUGCGUUUGGACAGGAAUUCUUCGUCAUCUCAGAGACAGACGACACUGGUGAUUAUGGAUAUUACUAUGAUUAUGCCACUGAGACUCCAGCAGGAGAUUUUGAUUUGACAGGUGAUGACUGGUUGUACGACCUCCUGGAUACCACAGAUGAGUGUGAUCCAAACCCGUGUCUGAACAGAGGCGCCUGUGAACACUCGGCUCUCGAGGGCUUCACGUGUUCAUGCCCUGAACCCUACACAGGGAAGAAGUGUCAGAAAGUCAAAGACGUUUGCAGGAAUGUGAAAUGUGGCCACGGCAGCUGCGUCCUCACGUCCACUGCUCCCUUCUACGAGUGCAAGUGCAGACCUCCGUUCAGACCGCCCAACUGCAAGAAAGCUUCUCCCUGCCGACCCAAUCCCUGUCAGAACGGAGGCUCCUGCAUGAAGGGCCCCAGACACUCGUCCUUCCAGUGUUUCUGUCCUAACGGAUACACUGGGAAAUUCUGUGACGUGGGUCCAGAUGACUGUUACCAAAAGGACGGAGAGUUUUACCGCGGCAUGGUGAGUGUGACUGCUGAGGGGGAGGAGUGUCUGGACUGGAACGCCUACUUCAUCGUGCAGAACGGGGGGGAUCCCUUCAAAGAGUACGCAGGCUUUGAUGGAAUUGGACCACACAACUACUGCAGGAACCCUGAUGGAGAUGAUCAGCCCUGGUGCUUUAUUAACAAAGAUGGCAAACUGAAGUGGAACUAUUGUAACGUCAGGAAAUGUUCUGCAGGUGGAACACACACACACACACACACACUCUAUUUGUAA